AGUCUCCUCUGUUGCAGACUCUGUGUGGUAAUGUAGCUUUUACGCACAGAUAGGCUAAGCUAGGCUAACUGGAGGUAGAUGGGUUUGGUGGUGUUUAGGAGUUGAGGGGAUGUUUGUUGAGCAGUGAUGUGGUUUAUUUCUUUAUCAUGAAUCUGAGAGGACUGUUUCAGGAUUUUAAUGUCAGCAAAUUCAUCAUCUACGCCUCCUUGUUGCUGUUCUCUGUUCUGCUGGCGCUGAGGCUGGAUGGAGUUGUCGAGUGGAGCAGCUGGGCUGUUUUCACACCCAUCUGGCUGUGGAAGCUCAUGGUUGUCAUCGGAGCAUCUGUUGGUACUGGUGUGUGGGCUCACAAUCCACGCUACAGAGCGGAGGGCGAGACAUGUGUGGAGUUCAAAGCCAUGCUGAUAGCAGUGGGCAUCCACAUUCUCCUGCUGAUGUUUGAAGUAUUGGUGUGUGACAGAAUUGAGAGGACCUCAUCUGGCCAUGUCUGGCUUCUCGUCUUCAUGCCCCUUUUUUUCGUCUCCCCGCUGUCAGUGGCUGCUUGUGUGUGGGGAUUUCGCCAUGACCGGUCACUGGAGCUGGAGAUUAUGUGUUCUGUCAAUAUUCUUCAGUUCAUUUUCAUUGCCUUGCGGCUGGACAAUAUCAUCAAAUGGUCCUGGCUGGUAGUGUGUGUGCCGCUGUGGAUCCUCAUGUCAUUCCUGUGCCUGGUGGUGCUCUACUAUAUUGUCUGGUCUAUGCUCUUCCUCCGCUCCAUGGACAUCAUUGCAGAGCAGCGUCGCAAUUAUGUCACCAUGGCUGUUAGCUGGAUGACUAUCGUAGUGCCACUCCUCACAUUUGAGAUCUUGCUGGUGCAUAGGCUGGAUGGCCUUAACAAAUUGAGUUAUGUGUCUGUUUUUGUGCCUUUGUGGGUCUCAUUGAUCACUCUCAUGACCACCACUUUCAGACAAAAGGGCGGGAAUCACUGGUGGUUUGGCAUCCGUAAAGACUUCUGUCUCUUCCUACUUGAGCUCUUCCCAUUCCUUCGAGAGUAUGGCAACAUUUCCUACAACCUGCAGCAUGAUGACUCUGAGGUUUUCGAGGAGAUACCAGUUGCACCCGAACCUUUGAAAAGUGGCCCCAAGUUUCUCUGCAAAGAAGUGGAAAUCAUGCCGAGUCCUGGGAGAUAUUUUGACCCGCCUCCUAAACUGUGCAUAGACAUACCUGACUGAACAAUCUUUGGUGCUGUGACUGAACUCAUCAGGAGAAGGAAGAUUGCAGGAGAAGACUGAAAACAAAAGACUGCUUUUCUCCUGAUAUUUCUGCGUGUUUGGUGUACUUGAUGAACUUUUUAAUGCUAAAGGGAUGAAGAAGACAUUAUAAAGAGCCUAUAAAAGCAGUGAAGUUACUUUACCACUACUACAGUUCCAGUGGUCAGAACUUUUUCUUGACUUUGUGGAAGACUUAGCAGCUGAAUGCCAAAUAUCUGUGAAAGACUGAUUCCACAGACAUGCUGACGAUAGUACACCCUGCAGCAGCACAGGUUUAACCCCCUGUUUCAUCAGACAGUGUGGAUGGUGUACUUUUAUCUCUUUAUUAAUUCUAAAAAGGCUGUUACUGCACUUUAUAUUGUUCAUAAUCCGUUUUAAUUCUGUUGACCAUAUAGACAGCAGUUCUGUUAUGCAGAAGCUUUUAUGUUAGCUUAUAUAAAGCUUUGACUCUAGAGCAGGGAUGGGCAGAUCCAUUUUUGGAGGGCCAAAUUCCUGCACAAGUCUGUAAUAUUUUUUAUUUCUCUUUUAAUGGCAUGUGGGCAAUUAAUUGUGGGUAUUUGAGGGCCAUGAAAGAUACAUCAGUUGCAUCCUUAAAUGUUUGAAUGCCUGCUGCAUUUCUCUGUUGUAUACAAAGGGGCCUUCAAAGGGGAGAAAAGGUGGAUAACUAUACAAGUGCUGCUGCAGUGGUGGCUGAAGAAUUUGCUGGAGAGCAGUGACAUACAUUUGUUAGCAUAGCAAUGCCUUAUCACUGCCUAUUAAUACAAAACAGGUUAGUAUAUUAAUAUUUUGUGUACUGACCCACCAAUCCCACACUAUUAAUAUUGGUAUAUAGUAUUUUCCUUCUAGUAUUAGUGUGUGGUUCACUAUUUGGGUGCAGUCUAUUUCUGUUAGAGCAGGGAAAUCAGCAAACAAUGCUGGAUUCUGGUCUCCAUUGCCCACCCUUGCUCUAGAGUCACCACACUGCUUAAACAUUGAAGAGAGUUUUUAAUUUUGUGGUACCAAUUUCCCCCCAAAAUAUAUUGUAAAUGUUUUCAACUGUAUCAAGUUGUUUUUAUUUUCUGUUGAUUUUACUUUAAAUCUAAUUUUUUAUGCAGUGUUGCCUUAAUCAGUCUGUCCAGGGAGCGGUUUUCCAAAUGCAUUGUGGAAUGUGUGUAUAGUGUCGUCAGUGUGAGAACUCUGGCUGGCAGCGUGGAUUUAGUUUAACAUUUUGCAGGAUGGACUGAUGGUGCCCGUGCUCAGCAGGUCUGAGCUUUAUCAUAAUAGUGCUGCUGUCUUUAAUUGGACCAAUUUUAUAAGGUUCUGUCCACUCUGAUCCAUUUGAUUCUUAGUGAGGCCUUUUUUUUACCCAUUAAAAUUUGUUUAUUUUAUAUCAGUAUGUGUUUAUAAUCUGUUAAUAAAUAUUGUUUAAUCUUGUUGAACUGA